GGUCGACCAUCCCUGUUCAUCCACCACCAAUCCCAAAGGUCGCGCGUCCAUUCCUCGCCUCCUCCUGCAAGCUUCAAAGGACGGAGGCGUAAGGCGGGACGCACAGUUUCCGUCAUUUCUAUGAGCUCACUCCCGCUCCUCGCGAAGCAGGGAUUGGACAAGUGGAAAGGACGAGCGCUCGGUGUUAGACACCCCCGUCCAGAGGUUGAGGAUGGGGGAGUAAAGGUCGAGCGGAUAAAGAGCACGAAGGCUUUCAGGUUUCUCCCGCGGGAGAGAAACGAGCCUCGCCCAUCAACAUCCAAGCCCUUCUCCUGCACAUCAUCGGAUGGCAUCACCACGGGAGAGGGGUGGUCUGGAGUGGUUUACCAUACCUGCUUUCGCCUGCCUACGGAUGGGCGAAUGGCAGAUAUGGGCAGAUGGGAAAGCAAUGUAAGCAGGCUAUAUGCGCUUCCUCUGUAGUGUCAUGAGGAAGGGUGUGGUUGUCUGCGGAUAACGCGCAGCUCUAUGGAGCUUGUGCGAGAAGCUGCCUUAGGAAAGGGGUGGAAAAGGGGGUGACAAGAGAUCAACUUUUUCGCGUCGUCUGACGCGCUGAGGCUUGCUUUCUCUUCAAUUAUGUCUGCUUGAACGUUUGCAUUAACCGUGUUGUCUAUGUAGUUCCUGCUACCGAGUAGCGCACCACCAUGCUCCCGACCUAUGUGCUCCACCUCGUCCUAUGGCAGGUUGUCCCAUCUCUCCUCACCGGUCUCAUUCUCCGCACCCUCCACUACGUCCUCGGCCCCCCACCUGCUCGAUCGCGCGUCGCAGCCCGCCAGUAUCAGCUCGUGUAUACCCUCAUUAUGAUCGGCUUCCUGGGGUACACGUUCAUCCAAGCAGCUAACAAUGUGCCGAAGAACUGGUUUCAGCUGUGCGGAGCGGAUGUGGAUAUCGAAAGAGAAGGGUUGAACAAGGCGUUUCGGAGAUUCGCUGUAAAAUUUCAUCCCGAUCGCGCUGGAAAGGACGGCGAGGAGCUCUUUGUACGUGUACGAGCGGGGUAUGAAGCUCUGCAAGUGCCGGCGAAGCGGUUCGCGUACGAGAAAUUCGGCGAUGAUAUGAUUUCUUGGGCGACAGAGGAUCGGUUUGAGACGCUUGUUAUCGGCCUGAAGCGGAGUGUUGGAUUCUAUAUUGUGGGUAGUCUGCUGAUGGGAGUGAUGAAGAUCAACAGCGGUGGUAAGGAUGUGAUGUUAAUCUGGAGGACGUUCAUCCUCGUAUUCUGCGCCGUGGUUGAAUUUUUCAUCGUCCUACAUCCUACACCACGUGCCUUCAGAUUUAUCUUCUCAAACGUUCUCCCUUUCCAGUAUGUCGAUUGGCUACACCAAGUCAGCAUGAGCAUCUCAGCCGGGCUGGGGCACCUCGCUCCUAUUUGGAAACCAAGGGACAUAGAUCAAAACGCGCUUCAGCAGGAUGCUCUGCGCCUGAUCAGUACGAUGGAUACCGAUGUGAUCGAGAUGAUCCACACUGAUCUCAAUCAGCUACAAAUCGGUUGGUCAAUUCUUGAGGCGGGUAAUGAGACGGAGCAUAGACACGGGAAAUACGAUCCGGCCAUGCUCGCCAAUCUCGAAACCCACAUGAUCAUGACCGUGCUCGAGAACCGGCUGCGCUCGCAUCCGGAGAUCAAGCAGCUCUGGGAUGCUCUCGUUGUGCGUCUGAGCGAGGAGCCGAACAAGAUAAUCCUGAACGGCGGACCAUCUAUGCCCACCACACCGAUGCCUCUUCAGCCGGCCGAUAUUCCUCUUCCCGAGAGUGCCGAUGUCAGCAUGAUUAGUGCGAUCAGCAUGGACGUGGCCCAUAGCCCGCUGCCGCCUAGUAGUCCACUACGAUACACUACCCCUCCUCCUGGCAGCCCGAUGCCAGGCAUGUCCAGGACGAUGUCGAGCAGCCAUCUGCCGAGUCCGGAACCGGAAGGCGACGUCGGCCCUUGAUGCAUCCCCAAUUAUCGCUCUUUUUUUGGGGGGGGAGGGUUGAGCGAGGACGCACUUGUAUACUGUUGUUCGACGUAGUCGCAUGUGAUGUAUCAUACCGGGGAUAGAUCGAGAACGGGUUGAAUCAUCCAUUAUCACCCCUGAGUAAAUCAGUAUGCUUGAGAUCACUCAGCGUGACAAGCAGCACAGCAAACUCGCAUGCGAGCUGUGACUACAGGCGCACUGAGCUGACCGGGGCGACAUGCCAGUCACCAAGGAAUGAUGAGCAAGACAAUGAGGCUAAACCAGCUUGUAGGAACGAUACGAGCUCCAGUGUUGGGCAGGUAGGGUUGUCCACAGUGUUAUGCUGACCGACAGAAGCGUGGUGGAUGAAAAACAUUGGAGUGUUGGAUUCUUGGGGAAAGGCUGUACACGAAUAUCCCCGAUGCGUUCAGAUCGCCUUAAAAGCACUGUUGUCAGAGGUGUCGUCGACAAAGACUCCCAGGCUUUCUAUACGAAGGAAGCGUCUCCCAGCCAUACAAAACGUUGAUGUAGAGUAGACAGUAUACCAGUAGGGAAGCAAACCGACACAUCAGUUGCCUAGGAUUGCAUUCU